AUGUUGGUAACAGAUUCAGGCCCAUUCCUCGAAAUAUACGCUUUAUUUUUUCUUGCAGAAAGCUGGACACAGACGAGAAUGGUUAUCAUGUGUGAUCAAGAUUACGUUCACAACCACAAGAAACUACUCAACCCCUUGGAUCACGCAACCCGUGUGCUUAGAAUGUGCGAGUAUCUUGUUCACAUGAACUAUCUUCAAUUAGUCAGUGAAGUCUUUCCUUUCGCUGAUCAUGGUUUGGGCGUAAGUGACAGUGAACGUCGUUACAGACAGGAUUGGAGAUCUGCUCAGAAAUUAACAUUUCCAAAGGUACAAGAAUGUCUCGAGGCCUUGAUUAAUGGCACAGUACAAGGAUAUCCUCCUAAUAUCACGCUAUUGGGAACG